AUGAAUAUAAAACAUCAACAUAAUCAUUCCCUAAAUAGCGGAGGAACAAGCAGCAGCAGCAGUGGCAGCAAGGAGUGGAGCGGCGCAAACACCGCGUCGUCAUCAUCGACCGCCCCUCCAUCAUCGUCUUCAUCCUCUUCAUCCUCCUCCUCCUCGUCUAGAUAUGCCAUCGUAUGUAAAUAUUUUAAAUCUGGUACUUGUAAAUUGGGCGACAGCUGUCGGUUUUCGCAUAGCUAUGGUGGUGCGUCAUCGUCACCUUCGUCACCUGCUCUACAAGCAAAUGCGUCACAACAACCACCAUCAUUGUCACUUGAUAAUAGUAACAACAAUAGUGGUGGAAAGAAAGGAUCGUCCAAUAACAACAAUAACAACAACAACUAUGCAAACAACACAUCGACAAUGAAAGAUAACAAAAAAGAUGCAUCUGGUACACAACAACAACAACAACAACAACCAUCUAGUCAUUUAUCACCAUUCUUGGCAGCUGCUUUACAAGCUAAUUCAAAUUCGACCAACAACAACAACAAUCAACAACCACAACAACAACAACAACCAAACAAUAAUAAUAGUAUGGGAGGUUCUACAUCAUCAAAUAGUCCUCCAUUGUCUGGUAAUAGUUCUUUAAACUCUUCAUUGAAUGGAUUAUCAUUAUCUGAAAAUGAAGAGGAGUUUAUAUCAAUGUCGUGUCGUUCGAAUCCUUCUAGAAUGGUUGGACGUCGUCCAUUCUUGCAAUUGGUUGUUUUGUAUGCUACCGAUCCAAGAGUCAUGCGUUUUGCCAAAGAAGUACAAAAUAGUUUUCUUGAAGGUGGCAUUGAUGUUCAUUUAAAAACUGAAGAAAAUAAUCAAAGUAUAAAAACAGAAAAUUUAGCAGAGAUUAUAACUAGUUCAAAAGCAGAUUGUUUGGUUGUUUUAGGUGAUAGAAAUUUAAAAAAUAAAUCUUGUCAAGCAAAGAGAAGAGGAAAACUUGUAGAAAUGGAAAUUGACGAAGUCGCCAAUUGCAUUUGGACAGAAUGGACACAAUUAAUACCAAAAGAGGAUGAAUCGAUUACAGACGAACAAACUUUUAAUCUUUUAGAAAAACAUUGCAAAUUAAGACAUGUCAAGGAUAGAUUAUCAAAAUUAAAAACUAGUAUUCAUGAAUUAAAAGAUUUAAAAAUUCCAUCAAAACGAAAUAUAACGGAUCCAUCAUCAUUUUUGGAUGAAAAAGUUGCGAGUAGGUUGACGGCAGCACAAAAGUCAGUGAUGCGUUUUCAUCAACAGGUAGUCGAGGCGAUUGAAUAUAUAUCAGACAUACCAUUUGUAUCACAAACAGAAAAAUUAUCGUUGACCAGGGGUGCAGCUGUCGGACCAGACGCAUUGAGCUCGAGCGAUCAGAAACCAGUCAUUAGCGAACACAGCAGAGACAAGCUUUUAAACCAACUCAACCGCAUCUUGCCAAAGAUCGAGGCACUUGGCGACACGUUGAGCGAGUAUGGUGCACCCUUGUCUGAUGCAUAUUUUGACGAGUACCACAAUGCGAGCAUCAAGAGCGACCCAAUCGAUCCCGACGAAGCAGUUGUUCUCAAGCCAAACCAAUGGAGAUGUCUUGCUUGUACCUAUAUAAACACAGACGACUUUAAAAAUUGUGCCAUCUGCGACACUCCCUCUCAACAAUUGUCCAACGACGGCGAGUGGAGUACACCAGGUCAAAAGAAAUCGAAAAAAUUAAACAUUCAAACUAGUUACAAAAAGGUUGAACCUGCUCCCCAACCAAUUCAACCAGCAAUUCAACCAGUUCAACAACAAGAAGCACCAACUCACAAUAAUAACAAAAAAGAGGAAAAGAAAAAAGCAGAUGUUUCCAAACCAGAUCCAAAACUUACUAUAGUUACUCCAACAACAACAACCAAUUCAAAUACAAAUACAACAACCAUUUCAACACCACCUACCAUAGUUACCCCAACAACUAUACCAACCAAUACAAAUACAACAGUUUUACCACCAACAUCAACAUUUACAAAUAUACCAACAACAACAACUACAACACCAAUUUCAUUACCAAAUAAUUUGAUACAACAACAACAACCAGCCAUUAUUUCACCAACGACUGUUUCACCAACUCUUGGUGGAUUGUCCAACAACAACAAUGUUUCUCAAACGGCCGUUCCAUUUGGCUCAAGUUUAUUAAAUGGUGCAGCCCCUUCGUAUAGCGUCGUUCAACCACCUGUCCAACCACCAGUGGUUCUCAACAAUGAACAAUACGAAGAAGAGUAUCCAUCGCUCUUGGUAGCCAGUAACUCCAAAGGUCCCAAACCUAAAAAAUCAGCCACCAACUCACCAUUACACCCUACUUCCGCCAACAACAAUACCAACUCACCACCACCUUCACCAUCAUCUAAUCAUAUUAUUAGUCACACCAACAUCAACAUUGGUUCAACUGUCAUCCAGUCACCGUCGAAAUCCAAAUUACCAACCAACAAUAACUCAUCAACCAACCAACAACAACAACAUCACCACAACCACCACCACCAACAACAACAACAACAACCAUUAUACUCUGCACCCAUUACAACACCAAACGGAUCACUUUUAUCUAAACUCCAACAAGCAGCUUCAACAACCAACGGAAAUGGAGUAAUGAAUGGAAAUGGAGCAAUGAAUGGAAAUUCUUUAAACAACAACAACAGUCAUAUACUUUACAACAAUAAUAAUAAUAAUUCAAACUUUUUGGGAACAACUCCAUCGACGAAUUUAUCCUCACCGACACAAUCCUCUACUGUUCCUGGAUCGUCGUCGACAUCGUCGCCAUACUAUAGUAUAUUUUCAAACAAUACUAGUUUUGGAGGAUGGGACAAUAACAAUAGCUUUUUGAGUAAAAAUAACAACGCAGCUACUACCAAUAACAAUAACAACAACAACAACAACAAUAACAACAGCAAUGGUCAAGAGAAUCAACUUUGGUUCUCAAAUAAUAGUUAUCUAACAUCACAGGCUAAUCAACCACCCACCUCUUCUGUCAAUAGCGUUUCAUCAUUAUUUGCACCUGAUAUUACUCAUUAUAGUUCAAGAAAUCAACAACAACAACAACAUCAACACCAACAACAACAACAAGAUUUUUCAAGUAAUAAUUUAUAUACUGGAUAUAACCAUUAUAAUCUAAGUAAUAAUAAUCAAAACAACAAUAAUGCAUUCUCUUUUUCUUCAACAAAUGGCACAACACCAGGCAAUCCAAACAACAAUACUACUACCAACAAUUUUGUAUCACCUCACAUUCAACAACAACUUUUAAUCCAACACCAAUUACUAAGUCAGGGCCAAGCGCAAGAACAAUUUGAAAAAGAGAAGCAAAAGGUCAGAGAACUUGUUUUAGAAAAAGCAUCAAUCUUUGAUGUGGAAGGAUCAUCUCCGAGUUCAUCAGAUGUACAACAAGGAUCCAACAUCUUCAAAUAA